CUAAAUUCCUUCUUGUUUAUCAUUUUCUCUCUUCCCAAAAAAAAAAUUCCAAAAUUUAAUCAUAGUACGAUUCGAAUUUAUUAAUCUCGUACUACGUGCAUACGCUUGUUGGUACGUAAAAUAUUGAAUUUAGGUCAACUCAAACAUUAGUAGUUGUGUUUUUUUAUGGAGAGUAUGGAUUCAUCAACCGGUACACGUCAUCAACCUCAACUCCCACCGGGGUUUCGGUUCCACCCGACGGACGAAGAACUCGUCGUCCACUAUCUCAAGAAACGAGUCGCCGGCGCUCCGAUUCCGGUGGAUAUUAUUGCUGAAAUUGAUCUUUAUAAGUUUGAUCCAUGGGAACUUCCCGCUAAGGCAAUAUUUGGAGAGCAAGAAUGGUACUUUUUUAGUCCAAGGGAUAGGAAAUAUCCUAACGGGGCGAGGCCAAAUCGGGCAGCAACAUCGGGUUAUUGGAAGGCUACCGGAACCGACAAGCCGGUUUUUACCUCCGGUGGAACUCAAAAGGUCGGGGUAAAAAAGGCGCUCGUUUUUUACGGCGGUAAACCACCGAAAGGGGUAAAAACUAAUUGGAUCAUGCAUGAAUACAGAGUAGUAGAAAAUAAAACAAAUAACAAGCCCCCUGGUUGUGAUCAUAUUGUUGCCAACAAAAAAGGAUCUUUGAGGCUAGAUGAUUGGGUUUUAUGUCGAAUUUACAAGAAGAAUAACACUCAAAGGUCAAUAGAUGAUUUGAAUGAUAUGUUGGGAUCAAUACCACAAAAUGUACCAAAUUCAAUACUACAAGGAAUAAAACCUUCAAACUAUGGUACAAUAUUGCUCGAAAAUGAAUCGAACAUGUACGAUGGAAUUAUGAAUAAUACGAACGAUAUGAUCAACAACAAUAAUAGAUCCAUUCCACAAUUAUCGUCAAAGAGAUCGAUGCAUGGAGGUUUGUAUUGGAAUAUCGACGAAACAACAACAACAACAACAACAACUGAAGGGAACCAUUCUCCAAAUACAAAAAGGUUCUUAGUUGAGAACAACAGGGACGAUGGACUUAACAUGAAUAAUAUUGCGCGAAUUACAAAUCAUGAACAAAGUAGCUCCAUUGCCAAUUUCCUGAGCCACUUUCCUCAAAAUACUUCGAUUCAACAACAACAACAACAAGAACAACAAGUAUUGGGAUCUCUUAGUGAUGGAAUCGUCUUUCGACAACCUUAUAAUCAAGUUACUAGCAUGAAUUGGUACUCUUAAAGAUACAAAAAGGCAAAUUUUACUUUGCCCCCUGAAAUCAAUCAAUCAGUCAAUUAUAUAGAUAUAUUAUAUAUGGAUUUCUUUAUAUUUUACUUUAGUUAGAAUUAAUACAGAAUAUCUUCUAUUCAGAUUGUCAUAUCAACAAAUGAGAGCAGUUACAAC